AUGCAGAAUAAUGACAUUUCCCUACCAGGAAUAACAACGUCUAAUUUUUUGCGUCAAAGAAGAUUUAAGGACCUCUACUUUCCAGCUCACGAUAAUGGCACUGAUGAGAAUUUUGUCCCCUUUGGCCAUAAUGAUCAAACUAUUAUUCAGUAUGUCAACCUCUCCCCCUCUUGCAUAGAACUAAUUGACAACUUCAGAACACAUUGUGAUAUACACAUAAUUGGUUUAAUAACAGCUGUGCUUAAUACUGCCAAACUGGAUUCUGCCCAUAUAAACACUAUAAACAGCAGAGCAAAUCUGGCUAUCUCACUAUCUAAACAACAAAAAGAAUUCAAUAAAUUGCUUAACGAUUGCAGAUCGGAUGCUAGUCUUGCUAAGCAAUUAUACCAGCUAAUCUAUUCAAUAUCGCUGCUCCUUAAGGUUAAACAUGUUAACUCUUUCUUGCAAAAGAUCUCUAUAAAAUCAGCUCUUAGAUCUGAUUCUAACAAGGAAGAGGUUGGGGAAUGGGUGAAGUUUGUUGGGAAAAUUGCAAUGAUCUCUCCUUCAACAAUCACCACUAAUUCAGGUCUACUCAAUAUAUUUUUAACAAAAUUACCUAAUGUUUUCUCGUCAUUCCAGUUGGUAUCCCUUCUAACGGAUAUCCUGUUCAAUACUGAAUCCAUGAGCAGUUCAUGUGCCUUUAUAUGUAAGACAAUUUUGAAGAAUUUGGACAACACUUACACGUUUGAAGAUGAAAUUGAGAUACUUAAUCGUUGCAAAUUUAAUACUAUUGACCAGCAUAAGAUUUACAAGACAAUUUAUGUACUAUAUAAGGGGUUACUUGCAUAUAGUGACAAUUUGACUGAUUCUAUCAAUGUGUCUUCUAUAUUACACCAAUCAGUGCUGAUAUAUACCUUAAAUCAGUUAAUGGAUGACGACUUUUAUGCACUUUGCAACAAAUUUUUUGCCACUGUAACCGUAUCAAAAGGCAUAGGCUGGAUUUUGUUUUGCCACCUAAUAGAUCAUAUUCUUUGUUCAAAUAACAGACCAAAUAAUAUUCUUGAUAAACAGUUUUUUACACUACUGGGAAAGUAUCCCUUCUCCCAUUGCUUACUUUCUCCAUAUAAAAGCAGCAAACUCGCCACCUUAAAGGCAAUAAAGGCCAUACUAAAACGUUACGGCAAUUGUAAAUUGAUUCCAGACAUCAAAACUCUAAUUAACUCUAAAAACUCAAUCGCCACCACUGAACGUAGCAAAAGCGACGAUGAAUUCAUAACCAAUGUUAAACUGGAAAGUAGCUCCAGAGAUGAACUGUGUGAUAUUACCUACACAAAUCUAUUUGGCUGUGAAAUUAGCAACAAAAGUAUGCUAAUAGAAUGGUUUGAGACGCUAGAAUUGUAUGCGAUAAAUGGGGCGGCGGAUCAGAUUGAUUUCGUAAAGAUAACAUCCACAAAUUUAAUCAAUGGUCUGGAGAUUGCCCACUCUAAAUGUCUGUUCGUUUUCUACCUAUCUGAACUGGGCUUCACCGUCAACUUUGAUGAUUUGAGCGUUGUUGCUCCUGAUGAUUUUUUUAGGGGCGAUCCCACUCUUGGCCAUUUAGUAGUGCAAAUAGUGGAAAGGUACUGGUUUGAUGACUUUGCCAAUAAGACAUAUCAGUAUAUACUAUCUUACAUACUAUUUGCUUCUGGAUUAAUUGAUCUGUCUACAUGUUCCGAUUGGCUCAAAACUUUACAUUCCUUUUACACAACGUAUAACAUUGAUCAAGUUGGUAGAAUAUAUAUACUCUCCGAUUUAUUCUUUCUAGGAGCUACCAGGCCAUUAGAAUCUAUUGUAGGCGUAGAAUUUGACUCAGACAAGUCAGAUAAAGUGCUUACUGGUUUUCAGUGCAAGCAAUGUACUGUUCCAACCGAGCCUACAAAUGUUUCUCUGCUAGAACAAUUGGGCAUUCGUAUUCUAUGGCAUUUAUUGAGUUCACACAAUUUAUCUUGUAAUUGUAAUAUUUCUGCACAUCAUAUAUGUGUUCAUGAGUAUAACUAUUCAUCUAUUCGAUGUCCAAACUGUGGGAGCUACUCCAAUUUAUUGGCGUUGGGCAAUAGAUUUAAUCUCACACUUUUGAAAUCUCGCAAUUAUGGCAUUAUACUGUUGGUAUAUGUUAUGGGUUUGGAUAUACGAUUUGGAAUGGCAGCACAUGAGUUAUGGAACAAUAUAUGCCAAUCUCUAGCUAAGCCACGAAAUUAUGGGGAUUAUGAGGGUUUUCACUGUGACUUGGCAACCCAUGAUAACAAGACAAGUAUUCACACAACAAAUUCAUUCAAUACAAUUACAGAUAAAGUAUCAAUUAGAAUACCCACCAGUACAGUUGGAUUAUUACACAAAAUAGCUGACGUGGAUAUCUUCAACAUGGAUUCUAACAAAAUGUCCACACUUAGGAAUAUAUAUUCUACUGAUGAAUGGAACACUUUACUAGAAUUUGCCACAGCACACUACACCUGCGACAAAUCAAAGGAUAUAGAUACGAUAUUAUGCAAAGUUAUCUUAUUGUCUAGUUUGACUUAUUUACCAAAUAAGGUUUACAGUGACGUAUGGAGUGAAUGGCCUGCUUGGCCAUUACACCUGCCAAACAUACCAGGAUUGGUGGAUAUACGAUCAGAUUGGCUAUCAUUGGACAAGACUAAGCUCAAUUCAACGCUGGAAAAUCUUUAUUUACAAAGUGAGAAGUAUGCUGAAUUGUGUAUAUAUGACCUAAAUGUCCUGGUGCCUUGGUAUGUAGGGAAGUUGUAUUGGGCCAGAGUGAUAAAUUUCACUCAGGAUUAUCAAGUAGAUAAUUUAGAUUACAUAACGUCCAGGUUCAGCUUAUCGCCUCUAGGGUCUAGUAAUUGGUACUAUAAAUUUGCCUUGGACCCCCUAAAAAUUUUACUAGCAUCUACUAGCACAAAUACUAGGUUUAGCAAUUUGGCAUUGCAGGGUAUAUCAAUAUAUUACGAAUUGUUGAAGAAGCAAUAUGAAUUGAGGAGUCAAGCAUUUGUUGGCCAUUCACAAUUGCUAUUGUUGCUAGAUUACCUAUUUAGACUGCUGAAUUCUGGCACAAAAAUUAAUUCAUUAUACACAAUCUACUUGUGUGAAGCAUUGCCCAAAGUGAUUCAUGGAACUGACAUUUUAUUUCCUACCAUCACUACACUUUUAUUGUCUAAAAGGACGCCGGAUUUUGAUACCCCUUCAUUUUUUUAUCCCUUAUGGUAUCAGCCUAAAGCAAUGAAGCAGGCUAGAUUUUUUUUUUUAAAGGUGCUGUCGUGGGCCUUGAAUGGUACUGAUAGGGACGUUGUAAAGUGUAUUGUAUCAAAACUACAUAUAGUACAAUUACUUCAUUCGUUUUCCAUAGCGUACGAUCACCUAGACCCCCAAAUACACCAAUUAAUUAACACUAUUGUCACUAGAUCGUACUAA